AUGCAAUACGAAGCGUCAAUACCGAUGAAUAUGCACCACGAUAUGCCGACAGGACAUUACGGUUCGCAAAAUCUCUACGUCCCGAACGGCAAUAGUAGGAUAAAGUCGGAGAACGGAUCCGAGCGCGCCAUCUCUCCACACAAUUCCGAGCAGUCCUCGAGAUAUUCAUCACAAACCCCUCAGCAGAACAACAUGUCGUAUCUGGCGAAUCAAUUGACUGGCAUCCCGCGAUAUCCGUCGCCUUCUAUGCAACAGCAGAACAACAUGCCAAUGAUCCAGCACUCAUAUCACCCAAAUGCAGGCGUAGACCAGUCAUAUCAACAGCAAGCACAGAUGGGAGCAGUUCAGACACCUACUCAGCAGGAUCAGUCAAACGGAGACGGCAGCAGACCUAGUGGCAGUGGUCUGCCGAAGGCUUUUGCAUGCUCGACAUGCGCGAAAGGCUUUGCGAGGCGGAGUGAUUUGGCACGUCAUGAACGUAUCCACAGUGGAGUGCGACCUCACGUUUGUGAACACCCGGGCUGCGGCAAGCAGUUCAUCCAACGUUCUGCUUUGACCGUGCACACGCGUGUGCACACUGGCGAGAAGCCUCACAUGUGCGAGCGAUGUGGCAAGCCAUUCAGCGACUCUAGCUCCCUAGCUCGCCAUCGACGAAUCCACUCUGGCAAGCGCCCCUACAAGUGCCCAUAUGCAGAUUGCCAGAAGACCUUCACCCGACGAACAACACUCACACGCCAUCAGAAUCACCACACUGGAACGAUUGAAGAAUCAGAAGCCGCGACUGCUGCAGCACUGGCCUCCCGAGUAUCCAUGGCUUCUGGACGCUCGCGAGGCUCGGACGAAGAAGGCGACUAUUCCGACGGCAAAUCUCCUCUGCCUCAGCAUCCAGAUCGACCUUCAUCCGUUGCACCUUCCGUCAACAUGGGUGGCAUCCCGCCUAUGUCCAGGCAGUCGUCGGACCUCUAUCUCCAGGCGAUGAAUGGGCAAGGUCUGGCUACUGGCAUCCCCGUGGCUGCUCAGUUCCAGCAGCAUCUACGCAACGAGAUGCAAGGCUCUCCUCGCCCUCAAUCGCCAGCUCAAUACCCAAUGCCUCCCAAUACUGGGGCUUCGCGACCAUCCUUGACCUCGAUUCCAUCAUCUGGCUACAAUCCACCACAAAUCCUUGAGCCACCCACGACGAAUGGUCACCAGAAUGGCUCUGACAACAACAGCCCGCACAUGGGCCAUAAUAUGGGUUGGCAAUCUCCUCACAACGGCAUGACCAGCAACCAACAUAACGACUAUUCCUACCCGGAUCCGAAUAGCCAGUAUGGCCAAGCCAACGCUGCCAUGUAUUACCAGCAGCCUGUGCAAAGGCCGCACAGCACUGGCCCAAUGGACUACCAGCAAAUGCGAGCACCAGAGAUGUGGGCGCAGCAUCAGCAGUAG